CAGGCUCAACCAGUUGGAAAUGUGCGGUCCGUGCCACCAGAACGCAACCGGAACGGGUUUUUAGCUGCGUUCAAUAAACCGCGGGAGCACUUGUGUUUUUUUCGGACCAAUAAACCGAUUUGAAAACCCACAGCAGUCCAUAAAUGCCACAGCCCUCAGAUAUGGCCUUAUCACAACAUUGCUAACGCCUCUCGAGCUGGGGACCUCGCGAAAAUCAGAUAACAGCAGCAUGGAUUUCGAGGAGAUUCUGGCCAAGUGCGGCAACAGCAGUCGUUAUCAGUUCCUGCUGUUGGCACUCUAUGGCUACCUCAUGGUCGUCAUUUCGAUGCACUACUUCUCCCAGAACGUCAUCAGCUUUGUGCCCGAUCACUGGUGCUAUCACGAACAGCUGGCGAAUCGCAGUUUCGACGAGAUCGAGGAAAUAUAUUCGCGAUUCGAGUACCCAUCGUGCACGCGACUGGAAACCAUCGAUCAUAAUGGGGGGAAUCACACGGUCAGCUCGGAGAAGUGCAACAAAUGGAUCUACAAAUACGAUUUUGGUUAUCAAAGUAUGAAUACUGAGCUUAAUUGGGUUUGCGAUGAGGCUUACAAGCCCCGUGUGGGCCAGUCGCUUUUCUUCGUGGGUUCGGUUUGUGGAACUCUGAUUUUCGGAAUACUUGGCGAUAGGAUUGGCCGUAUCAAGGCCUUGAUUCUAGCCAACUGGUGUGGUUUCCUGGGCGACUUCUCAACCAUAUUUACGAAAAGCCUCGUGUCGUUUUCGAUUUGUCGUUUUAUCUCUGGACUGGCUGCCGAUGCCAACUCAUAUCUCAUGUAUAUAUUGAUACUCGAAUAUGUAUCCCCAUCGCUGAGAAAUGUGGGACUGAAUACCGUGCUGGGCAGUUUCUAUUGUCUGGGCCUAAUUGGCGCCUGUUGGCUGGCCGUUUGGGUUGGCCACUGGCGCAUUUUCCUGGCCUGCUCCUCCGUGCCGCUACUGUUGGUCACCCUCUACUACUUCCUCGUCCAGGAGAGCGCCCAGUGGCUGGUCACGCGAGGCGACAUCGACGGUGCCCUCCGGCGGCUGCAGCGCGUGGCGAAGAUCAAUCGCCGACAAGUGGCCGACGAUGACUUCAAGGCGUUCCGCAGCUACUGUGAGGAGCACUACCGCAAAGAGGCCAAGGAGGCGGACCAGAGCGAGGCCAACCUCUUGGACAUGCUGAAAACACCGCGCAUGCGCAGCACUGCCUUCAAGCUGUUGCUCAUUUUCAUAAUAAUCGUGCCCUGCUACAACACCAUUGCUCGAAAUGUGGAGGGUCUCGGCAUAUCUCCCUUCAUCAUGUUCUCGCUCAACGCCCUGACCCUCCCACCAUCCGGCUACCUGCAGGGAUUGCUCCAGGAUCGGAUCGGUCGCAAAGCCACCGCGGUCAGUUGGAUGACCAUCACGGGUCUGUUUGCCGCAGCUGCUGGUAUUGUCAUAUCGCAGGGCAGCAAUCGCAACGUGAUUCUUCUGGUUGGCCUGACCCUGGCCGCUCGAUUUGGCGUCUCCAUUGCCGAUGGGGCCAGCUCCCAGUUCUCCACGGAACUGAUACCGACCUGUGUGCGAGGAAGGGGCGUGGCAGUGGUGCAUGUGGCCGGCUUUGCCGCUUCAUUUCUCUCGCCCUAUAUCCUGCAUUUGGGCACGUACUUCAGGCCAGCCCCCUCCAUUAUUCUGGGUAUUCUUUUCUUAUCCGGCGCCUAUGUGUGUCUUCUCUUGCCCGAGACUCGAAACAAAAAACUGCCCAUGUCCUUGGCCGAAGGAGAGGAGUUCGGAAAGGGUGAAGGAAUAUUCGACUUUCUAGCUCAUCUAAGAAGAGCAGAAAGUACUGAAUUUACUGUGGAGAUGAGCACAAAGCCCGAGGAGGAGGAGGACAUUCUGAUGUCGAAGUCAGCCAAACAUUAAAAGCGAACUGUAAUUUCAGUUUGAUGACUCUUAUCUAAUUACAACCCUGUCAUGAAUCGCAAUAAAAAAGUAUUUUCUUCAUAUUUAGUUA